GCAGUGUCAAUGGUCCUACUGAGGUGUGUUUGCUUGGUGUUCAAAUUUUAUCUUGUUUUUUAAUAAUAAUAAUAUGACCAAUACAGAUGCGUCAGGAUAGUCAAUUGGUCGCUGCUUUGAAAUUUGCUCCAUUUGUAUGCUGGUUACCUAAAAAUAGCAUUGUGUCCUUGGAAAAAAAACUAAGCCGUUUAUUUUUGAGUGCUAUUGAGCCUGUCGUUAUGUUGCAUCAGUUUCCAAGAGGCAAAUAUGAAAUUGUCGCAAAUAUUCUGGAUGUGUGUUCACAUAACUCGACUGGGUUAAUUGGAGAUUGUUUGGCUGCUGCCGUCACAUGUGCAGGAUUAGCUUUGGUUAACUCUGGUGUUCAAAUGUAUGAUCUUGUAGUCGGAUUAAAUUUGGAUCUGUCCAAUCUUGAGAAUAAAGGUGGUCAUAUUUGUGUUGCCGUUUUACCUCGUCUCCGUCAAUUUUCUAUGUUGUAUACAGUGGAUUCACAUAUGCCUCACACAGAGUUUCUUCAGAAAUCUCUAGAAUAUGCUAUGAACAACUGUGUUAAGCUUGCAGAUGUAAUUCGAAAUAAUCUUUGUGGGCAGGCUAGAGUCAAGCAAAUGAGUGAAUAA